ACCAGAAAGGUAGUGCAUGGGUGGUCACCUACCCUCACCCUCCUUACACCAGGUGGGGGAGCACAGCCGUUACCCACUAUCACACCUGCCAGUUUGCUUUAUCACGAAACAAGGAAACUCAGCCUUCAGGCAUGCAGUAAAUCGCGUAAAUUAUUUCCAUAUGAAGUCAGCGAGGAGCUACAUCCGCCUCGGCAGUGCAGCUUGGAGGUGGAUGGCUGUGGGCCGGUCAGACGGCAGAGUGUGUUGAGCGCAGACCCGCACACCUUACCACCAGCACUCACCUCUUGUGUCGCAGCAUCCACACCUGUCGCACACAUCCACACCUGUCGCACACAUACACACCUGUCGCACCGACGUCCCUCCUCCAAACCAUGAGCCAGAAACAGGUCAGGCAAAAGAAACACACCAUCAAGAUGCCUGAAGGAGAUUGGGAGAAUGGCAAGUCCCAGGUGCUGUGUGAGGGCAGGAAGUCAGGCACAGAGAACUCCUUCGUGUGCCGCUACUGCCAGAGGGUCUUCCGCAAGAGUUACAAUCUGCUCAUCCACGAACGUUCACACGAGGACCACGCCAAGUGUCACUACGAUGUGUUCCGAGUUCGAUCAAGUCUGCAGGUGUAUGGAAUGUCAUGAAGCACUAAUAUGUAGAUGCAGGAAUUAAAAAAUUACAACUAUGCAACGCUGACUUAUAAACUGUGGUGAAGAGGCUGUGUACUGAAGCUCUCUGACCGCCCGCCCGCCCGCCCGCCCCUCCCAACACCUACAAGAUCUCCAGUCAUCGAUAAAGUCUCCUCGUCCUAGCCCACCAUCACAAGAACUUCCUACUACUGCCGCCACCUCCUCCUCCUCCAGCAGCUGUCUCUCCUUCUGCACUAGUUUCUGUGUUUUUUCUUGUUUUUUUGUGUUUUUUCUUCGUUUUUAUUGUGUAUGGAAAGUGUCUGGUGUUAGUACGAGGUUUUGUUGUCAUUCUUCCAUUCUUCUAAAGCUGCUGAUGAUGCUUCGCUGCCUCGUUGAGUUACUCCCCAUUGUCUUCCCCAAGCUUGCAUCACGCCUUCCUCCCUUACCUCCACAUUCCCUCCAUUUAUUCACCAUCUACCC